CUUUCAGUCUGGCUACGGUGGUUCCUGGAUCCUGUGUGGGCGUACGCGCUUCGUCGUUGUGGCUUGUGGUUAGCGCUCCCGUUCCUUGGACUGCGGAUCCCUGGAGUGAUCCCCGGUGAUGGGGGAUCAAUCCGGCGGAUCGCGCAGAACGUAACCGUCUGCGACUAGUGUGUGACCAGUUUUGAUCUGACCGCGGCAACGUGUACGCAAAGCAACGGAAGAAUACAUCAUCAAUAUCUAUAUGCAAAAAAAUAUAAAUAAAUGUUUGUGUGAUUAAUAAGUAUAACAAAAAUAAUAACCAAAAGAAGAUAUAAAAAUUACGGAACAAUCGCCGGGGGAGUCCUGCAGGAGAACGACGACGGAUUGUCGGCGGAGGCGGUGGAAGUGCGGCGUGUAGUAGCAACACCUUAACACCUUACACACACCCACACUCACGCAGUUCAGUGCUCCUGCCCAACCAUGGAGUGCUGUCUGUCCGAGGAGGCCAAAGAGCAGAAGCGCAUCAAUCAGGAGAUUGAGCGGCAGCUGCGACGAGACAAGCGGGAUGCCCGGCGAGAGCUGAAACUGUUACUGUUAGGCACCGGUGAAUCGGGUAAAUCAACAUUCAUCAAACAGAUGCGUAUCAUCCACGGUAGCGGUUACUCGGACGAGGACAAGCGGGGCUUUAUCAAACUAGUGUACCAAAACAUCUUCAUGGCGAUGCAGUCGAUGAUUCGCGCGAUGGACCUGCUGAAAAUCCAGUACAGCGACCAGAAGAAUAUCGAACACGCCGAGCUGAUACGAAGUGUAGACUUCGAAACGGUGACCACAUUUGAACCACCCUACGUUCAAGCAAUCAAGGAUCUGUGGGCUGAGGCGGGCAUCCAGGAAUGCUACGACAGGAGGAGAGAGUACCAGCUAACGGAUUCCGCCAAAUAUUACCUAAUGGAAAUUGACCGUGUGGCGGCGCCCAACUAUCUUCCAACGGAGCAAGACAUUCUGAGAGUGCGUGUGCCCACGACGGGAAUUAUCGAGUAUCCCUUCGACCUGGAAGAGAUUCGGUUUAGCUAUCUGAGCGAUCUGGCGCGUAUCGAAGAUGCAGAAUACCUCCCCACCGAGCAGGACAUUCUCCGAGCUCGAGCACCGACCACCGGAAUCCUAGAGUAUCCGUUCGAUCUGGAUAGCAUUAUAUUUAGAAUGGUCGACGUCGGGGGACAAAGAUCUGAAAGAAGGAAAUGGAUUCACUGCUUCGAGAACGUGACAUCGAUUAUCUUCUUGGUGGCGCUGUCCGAGUACGAUCAGAUUCUGUUCGAGUCGGAGAACGAGAACCGUAUGGAGGAGUCAAAAGCUUUAUUCAAGACUAUCAUCACGUACCCAUGGUUCCAGCACUCGUCGGUGAUUCUGUUCUUGAACAAGAAGGACUUGCUGGAGGAGAAGAUCAUGUAUUCCCAUUUGGUAGACUACUUCCCAGAGUACGAUGGACCACAAAGAGACGCAAUAGCUGCCAGAGAAUUUAUACUCCGCAUGUUUGUAGACUUGAACCCGGAUUCGGAGAAGAUUAUUUAUUCGCAUUUCACGUGCGCAACAGAUACUGAGAAUAUUAGGUUUGUGUUCGCUGCCGUCAAGGACACGAUACUGCAGUCUAAUCUAAAGGAGUACAACUUGGUUUGAACAACACCGUCGGCUUCGUCAUGGUCGUCGUCAUCGUGGCCGUUACCGGAAAAUAUCGCCUCUGCUCUUUUCCUAGUACGAGUUGCAACAGCAACAGCAGCAGCAGCAGUAGUAGUAGUAGUAAUAGUAGUUGUAGCUGUAGCAGCAACAACAACAACAACAGUAAGAAUAAAUACCAACAACAGCAAUGUUUACCGCCAUCAUCACCAACACCACCACCACCAACUUCCACAUCACACAACGGAGCGCAAAAGCGGUGUGAUUUUUGUUGCCAAAGUAAGCGCGACGUCGUCGUCGUCGUAGUGGUUGUGUGCACGCGGAGCACGUCAAGGUAAGCGCGAAAUUGCACUAGUACUACUGUUGCGCGGCGAGAACAAUAGCAGCGCGAGCGCAGCCGAUACUACCAAUGCAUUCAAAACAGUUCGAACAAAAUCAUUUCCUUUGGAAUUUAAAGUGAAGUUUAGAGAAAAAUCAAGCAAAACCCAGUUGAGAUUAAGCCACUACUUGCCAGUUAAUCUUGUACUAAUUCCGUAAAGCCAAAUCGAGCGCGGAGUUUGGCACCGAACCACCCACACAAAGAAAACAUUUGCGCGAUGGAAAUUGGUAGUUUUUUGCAUUGUUCUUACUGGCGACCCUUGUAAACGGAAAAGAGUAAAAAAACUUCUUUUUAUUUUAUGUGCAUUUCUUAAUUGUUAGGGAUUGAAUUAUAGGCAUACCAAUAAAAAAAAACAAACAAAAGAGAACUAACCAACAGAAGAUAGCGAAGAAAACAAAAGCAUAAUAACUACAAACAAAACACUAAGAGUAAGGGCAAAUUAUCGUGUAACGAAAGCGUUAGAUUCUUGUUCUUCUUUUGUUGCAAAUUUUUGUUAAUAAUCUCCGUCACGCAUCGAUUUAACCUUUGUUUUUAGUUGAUAAAUGUUUGAGUCUGUACAGUUUUCAGUUUUUACGAGCGAUUUAGCAGAUAUUUAUUUAAUUUAAUUUUGAAUUAAAUUAUUAGUUGAUUAUCUUAUUCAUUGUUUUUACUUUCUUCCCCUUCUCAUCCCUAACCUUACAUUUUGUUUACUGACAAACACACACGACCACCACCAGCAAUCGUAUCAUCGUGUUAAAAUUUAUCAAUCAAGCAACAACUGCACACAUACACACAAAAACAUACACGGUGAUAAUAUUGCACUUUUUUGUAACGAGACACACACAAAGAUGUAGUGCGCAAAAAAAGGUAAACAACCAAUCAUGGAUUUACGCAUAAUUAGAAAUUCAGCAACAUUAGACACGGAUUAAUGUUCACAUAGUUGUACGCACACAAACAUACACAAAAGAAAAAAGCUGCGCGUACAAAGUCAGUUCUAUUUAUUUAACGCAAUGUUCUAGAUUUAAUUUUGUUUUUCUACACAUUCACUGUCGCGCGUGCAAUAUUGAGUGUUUUUUCGAUGCUUUUUCAAGCAGAUAAAAUUUUAGUUUAAAAAUUUCUACGUGAGAAAAACUUAUGACUGUGAACUGUAAAGUACUAUUCAUUUGAAUCAUUGCACAGUGGUCCAGAUCGCAAAAUUAAGUGGAAAAUGGAUUUUUCGAAAAAUGGUUAAGUUUUGGAGCUUUGGUGUCUUCAGAAGAGUUGUUACAAAUAGAAAGGGGCAACUUUUGGUUUGGUUGAAAAUUAGGGUGGUUCACGAUUAGGGUGAUUUUGGAAAUCUAACUUUACAUGAAUAUUUUUGGGAUUUUUUUUGUCUUUUAGAAAGUUGUUGGGCUUGCCAUUUCAAGCAACUUUGUCGAAGACACCAAAAUUUUAUCUCGUAAUCUACGUCUUCUAUGACCAAAUUUAUAGAAAGCAUCUGAGCAAACCUUCAAAAAUCAGUUUUUUGAACGUGGCAAUUCAGGGUUAAGUUUUAGAGAAAAGUGAUGUUCUGAGCACUUUUAGAGCUCUAAAAAACGAACAUUUUUAUUUGUUGACAUGCCAAUUUGGACUUAAGGGUCAAAAGUUACAGCCAUUUUAAGGUAAAAAUGAUGCAAAUUUAAAACUUAAAUAUCUCGAAAUGGCGCAAGCCAAAUUUUAAGCACUAGGUUGCAUUUGAAAGAGGAGAUCUAGCACUACAAACGCUGAAAAAAUCUCAGAGGUGUUUUUCUUUAAACUCGAGAUAUCUUCAUUUGAAAAAGUCUAAUUUUCAAGGGAAAAUCAUAUGGGACCACCCUAACGAAAUUCGAAAAAUGUCCAAAUAUAUGUUUUUCCAUGUAAUUUUGCCCGCUGAAUCCGAAUCUGCCCUCAGAAUUGAGCCAAAGUAUCGAAAAAUCGAGUUUUGGUCUUAAUUUGGUCAUAAAUGUUAAUUUUGCAUGGAAACCCAAAAAAUGACCAAAACUCGAUUUUUCGAUACUGUGGCUCAAUUCUGAGGGCAGAUUCGGAUUCAGCGGGCAAAAUUACAUGGAAAAACAUAUAUUUGAACAUUUUUCGAAUUUCGUUAGGGUGGUCCCAUAUGAUUUUCCCUUGAAAAUUAGACUUUUUCAAAUGAAGAUAUCUCGAGUUUAAAGAAAAACACCUCUGAGAUUUUUUCAGCGUUUGUAGUGCUAGAUCUCCUCUUUCAAAUGCAACCUAGUGCUUAAAAUUUGGCUUGCGCCAUUUCGAGAUAUUUAAGUUUUAAAUUUGCAUCAUUUUUACCUUAAAAUGGCUGUAACUUUUGACCCUUAAGUCCAAAUUGGCAUGUCAACAAAUAAAAAUGUUCGUUUUUUAGAGCUCUAAAAGUGCUCAGAACAUCACUUUUCUCUAAAACUUAACCCUGAAUUGCCACGUUCAAAAAACUGAUUUUUGAAGGUUUGCUCAGAUGCUUUCUAUAAAUUUGGUCAUAGAAGACGUAGAUUACGAGAUAAAAUUUUGGUGUCUUCGACAAAGUUGCUUGAAAUGGCAAGCCCAACAACUUUCUAGAAGACAAAAAAAAUCCCAAAAAUAUUCAUGUAAAGUUAGAUUUCCAAAAUCACCCUAAUCGUGAACCACCCUAAUUUUCAACCAAACCAAAAGUUGCCCCUUUCUAUUUGCAACAACUCUUCUGAAGACACCAAAGCUCCAAAACUUAACCAUUUUUCGAAAAAUCCAUUUUCCACUUAAUUUUGCGAUCUGGACCACUGUGCAUUGUUGAAACGCGUCCACGUUGAACAUUUCCGAUCCUUGCGUGUUGCGAAAACAAAUUGAAUUUUCGAAAAAAAAAAUCAUUUUUCAUCGAGAAAAACUGCCUCUUAUCGACACAGUUGCGCUUCCUCGCGCUCUCUCUCUCUGUUUUGUGCGACAUUUUUGCGAACGCAACGAAAGAGAGAGUGAAAACGGAAAAGUACAAAAACGCACUGUCGCGAGAGAGAGCUUUUUCCUCUCUGCUGCAGAGAUUCUCUCUCACGGUGGGAUCUUUUCAAGCGCAGUUAAAAAUUUCAAAUCGCACACACACUUAUUUAAACAAAAUACAAUGUUACGUGUAAUAACCCUCCUUUCGCUCCGAAUUCCUUCCUGUAAGUAAACUUAGUUAGCGUAAUGUAAAUUUGUUGUUGUGUUUUUUUUUAUUUCAUUAUUUGCUACAAAUUUUAAUAAUUUUCCUCUCUCGUAUUUGUCGGAAAUUGUUUCCUGGAACAGACCACACUCACACAAGCGCGCGCGCAAGCACGCUCGCACGAUGAGAGAGCGCUAGCGUUCAGUCAAAUUCGUACUACCAAGUUUUAGGAAGCCAGUUGUAACGAAACUUUAAGGGAAACAACACACACUAGAGAAGCUUAAUUUGUUCCGCAGCGCAAGUAAAUGGAGGAAACCAUUUUAAUGUGUAAUAUUAUUCAUAAUUUUAUACUUAAAGUUUAACAAUACAAAUGCAGGCAAGCAACAUGUGAAUGUAAUUUUCCUUCUCGUGAAGAUGCGGAUGGCAUUAUGUGGAAAAAGUGGGGAAAUUAAAACAGAAAUAAAAUACUGUAAAUAUUUCUUAGUGGUUUGAGCAAAUUUUAUAAAACCAUUCAAGAAAGCUGCGCAAUUUACACUUUUUCAUUUCCGAAUUGUUUUUGGUUACGUGCAAUUUGUACUGUGUUUUAACUACCGUAAAUUGCGCUAUUCAAUUCGCAGCCACGUCUAAAGUAUAAAAAUGAAGAGAAAAAAAUCGCAGUAAAUUUACUACAAAACUCCAUUACGAUCACACUCACACACAUAUUCAUUCACAGUCACUUUCAUGCUCACUUGAACGCGCACACACACUUUUGCAAGUUGAAGCAAAAUGCAUUAAAAAUUAAGGGAAAAAGUAUUCACACUCACACAACAUUAACGCAUAAAAAAGAAACUCCCUCACAGAAAUUGGAAGGGAAAUAAAAUGAUUCGAGUCAAAAACAUGCAAAAACGUUACAAAAACUCGUUUUGAGCAAACUCAAAUAACAAAAAUAAACAAACGAGGUAGUCAUUAAGACGAACAAUAGCAAAUAUCGACCGGAAAUUUGUUGACAUCUGCUUCUUAAAAAAAAUCAUAAGAAAAACAAAAAUAUUUAUAGGGAAGUCAUAGAGCAACGAAACAAGCUAAAAGUAAUGGCAAAACAAACAAACUUUUGCUCUAAUUUGUACGACACACACAAACACACGAUGAAAAAUCCUCUCCGCGGUACGUAAAAAUAAUUAAAGAGAAACAAAACAACAUAGGCUUUAGAUAGUUAGAUAAAGUAAUUUUGAUUGGUCCGAAACAAACACAGCAACAACAACAGUUAAUACAAGAACAACAACCAUGAAAAUCAUGCAAAUAGGCAAAGUUGAAAACGGUUACCAUUAAUUUUACGAUCUUCCAGACACACAAGCACGCACCCUCACAACCACAGACAAAACAAGCAAAAAAACGAAAAGCCGAACAUUUUUCUCCAACAGCACAUUUCAGCAAACUUUUAAGAAAAGUAAAACUGCUCGAAGCGACACACUCUCACAUGUGUACAUGAUUAAUUUUGCACAAAAAGGAAACAAUCGCUUGUUUGUGUCUAAAGUAGGCAACUCAAAUGAGAAAAGUGAAACCUAAUUGUGAUUAUUCCCCAAAAAAAACUAACAAACUAACUUUUUUCAAAAGAGAUCGUGCCAAGAACGUUUGAAAGAAAGAAAAAAUCAGUCGUGAGAUUUUUUGCACGAUUAAAUCCAACAAUCACACACUCACUCACACACACACCGCGCUCAUUCUCGUCGUCAUUGUAUGUGUUUUUUUCAUUUCGCUCUUGUCCCUCGUCGCAGGUUGAUCUGUGUGUUUUUUCAUCCCCCCGAGUCACGGCGUUGCACUCACUCACUCACCGCACACACUAAUCAUCUUUUUUUUCGAUAGAAAGUUUCUCUCGCGGCUGCAAGUUUGCGCGUUCCCCGUUUUAGUCUCUCUCGGACGACAGAAAGCAUGAGAGAGUCUCUCCGCUGAGAGAGUGUUAAACGAGAAGGAGAGAGAAAACGGAGAACGCAUGGAUUUCUCUGCAGAUUCUCGCGGAAGGUUGCAGACUUCUGCAAGCACGAGAGUAAACUUACCAACACAAAUGUCAAAAAUCACGACUUGAACGCGACUUUUUAGUAUUGUGUGCCAUUUUUUAAAUUAAUGAACGAAAUCUCCUCUCUUACGCGUUUACUAAACUGAAGUAGAUUGACGAGAAAUCAAUAAAGUAAUGCAGAAACUGGAGCUCGCAUAAAUCUCUGCUAUUAUUGAAGAAGAAAAAAACAUGAAAACAACAUUUAAAAACUGAAAAAAAUGAGUCAUCAAAUAUAACAAAAGAGGUGAAGUGAAUGCCUUUGUGGUUAAGGAACAAAGAUGGGUCAGUUGCGCAAGACGUGAACCAAAAAUAAUCAAAAAAAUUGAAAGUUUGUAAAACAUACAUGUAUCUCGCAGGCUAAAAAAAUACAUAAACAUUCAAAACCAGCUAACUCGGUUUUGGUAGCUGAACCUGACAUUGACAAAUUUGGGCUUUUCACCAAACCGUUGAUCGCGUUUCGAAUCGUCCUUUUUUGUGACCUAUCAGUUCAUCAACGAGGACGAAUUCUGUACGAAGCAACUUUUUUAAAGUGAAAAAGCCUCAACACCGAUUACUAAAUGAGACCAAGCGAAAGCAAACGUGUGUGCGAGAAGUUCAAAAUCUUAGGGUGAUCCAGGGUCAUUUGACAUACAAAUUUUAUGCCAAAUAUCCGUUACGGUAAACCCGAAAGUUUGAGGACAAAUCACACACACACACAUACAGGGCCAACCGUUUCGGUUCGCUGUUCCGUAACCAUUUUCGCCCAAAGGUCACGGAACAGCGAAGCGCUGGCCACCACCAAAUUUCAUAAUUACGACGAUCAAAAGAGAGAAAAAAAGAGAGCAAAAAAACACGCAGCGUUACUUAAAGCUGAUAACUACACGAAAACUGACUAUAGUGAAACAAGAGAGAGAAAACAAAAACACAUUCUUUGAAAAAAUGUGUUGAAAAUAAAAAGAAAAACUCAAAAUACGAGAAGCAUAAGUCUAGUGAUUCAACCUUUACAUUUCACCAUAAUUUAAAACAAAAAAGAAAAAACUAAUAUAAAACUCACUAAGUCACGAGCAAAAAAAAACCCACACACACACAAAAAAGAAGCAUAGAAAAGCUGACCCGAUUGAGUAGGACCCACAACAUCCCUUUUUAUAAGAGAGGACGAGAAGAAGAAAAAACACACACGCGAGAAAGAGAAAAGUACAUCGUAUUGAAGUAGUUCACCAAAAAGAAAAAAGGUCAAACCCUACAAUUCCGCACCGCAAGUUCGAAAUCGGAAAAGUUCCACGAAAACGACACCCCCGUGCUGUCUUCGUGAAACUUCUCGCAACCUAUUAACAAAAAAAAAUCACGUUUCUGUUGAGCCAAUACGGAAAUCGUGCCAACAUUUCGACAAAUCUAAACUCGAUUGAACGUACCGUGAUUGCUGGAACGAAAUCGGCGGAAAAAUGCAUAAAAGUUAAUAAUAUUUGAACCCCGGGACUCGUACAUUUUUUCGAAUGUAAACACGGUUGUUUUCUAAAGGCGCGCGUAAUCACAACGUUCAAUCGAGCGAGUUGCGGGACUAUUGCAAGGGAGUUGUUUGGUGUGCGAUACUUCAAGCGCGAGCGUGCUUUGCGUAAGGAGGGAAACGUGUGCGAAAAAAAGGUAGAGAAAUUGUAAUUGCUUGAAAAGUACGCGAAUUAGUGGGGGGAAAACAAACGUAACUGGACCGAAGUGUGUGUAAAAGUGAAAAAGGGUCUCCAUUUUCUAGAAAGAAGCGAGAAAAAAACAAUAUCUAGCUAACUACAUCAACAGCAGAAGAACACAAAGCACACAAACACACAC